AUGUCAACUUUCACCGCCCUUAAUGGGGGCUCACCCAGAACUACCGAUCCGCCUACUGUGACGAUAGAGAAGCCAGCCAUGGAGGAGCGCGCACUUAGCACAUCGACAUCUCAGCCUCCACCUACACCAGAAGUUUCAUCAAAUCAAAUUCCCAGCCAAAGUUCGGAUCGACCACCGUUUCAAUCACCCGGUUAUCCUGACGUAGAAGGAUCUCACAAGCGAAAACGAUCAGACUCUGUUGAAAUUCGUCGUGAGCAUGCAGUGCAUGCUCAGACACCGGAAUCCGCUCACCCUCAUCACGAAUCGCGAGAGCCUUAUGGAACCCCCUCAAGAGAUUAUCGUCCUUAUGGUGACGAGCACCGAGACAAAGAGUCUUGGUAUUCUCAUCAGGCACGCGAUGAGCGAAGUUACGACUCACAGCAAAAUUCGGCUACCACUCCUCAUGGCCAAACAGAGGAGCAGAUUGGCGAUGCGCUUCGCAGGGCUACCGGUCAGAUGGACCAUAAUGAUUACUCAAAUGCCAGUCCAGAAGGUGAUGACCAUUCCAUGAUAUAUGGUAGCCAAUACGGAUCCGAGCAGAGGCGUGACGGGGUCUUGCAGCAUGAUCCCAAAAAGAGAAAGAGGAACUUCAGUAAUAGAACCAAGACAGGUUGCCUGACCUGCCGGAAGCGCAAGAAGAAAUGCGAUGAGCAGAAGCCCGAGUGUUAUCCACCUCAACGCGGGCCAGGAUGGCAGAAGCCGGACAACAAGGCUCCUGCAGUUCCCCUUGAAUCUAAGGAUCCAACGUACAUUCCCCCGGGAGCUUAUGGGAUGCCGCAGCAAAGCCCUUACGGCAAUCAACCUGUGAAGCGCGAAUCCCUGCCACCUUAUCGUGGCCAGGCUCUUCGCAUAGACCCCCCACAAGGCCGCCCUUUGGUGACCGACGACGACCGGCCAACGGCAUCAACAUUGCCCAGCGCGUCUGUGGCCAGUCCUGAAAACAAACUCUCUGCUCUUCCUUAUACUCCUGCAAACGUUUUCCCAACUCCAGUCAGCGCAAAUCCUCAACCACCGCCACCUUUUGGAGAAAGGAUGACAAAGGAAUACCAGCGUGUGCCUCCGCUGCAUGAUCUCAGCAGGACGGAACCCGAGUCUGCCCAUUUAGGGAACCAGCUUCCACAGAUCAAUAUACUUCACCCGACAAGAACCAACAGUCCUGCUCCUCCCCCGCCGGCACCGACUUCAAAUGCCCAAGUUGCUGCUCAGCUGGCUUUAUCGCACUCGCAGUUCCCUCAGAGGCGAACUCAAAAGGAGGAGAUGUUGUCUGGGCGACAUUACUAUCCUUUCGACAAGGAGCUUUGCUUGGAGCGUGAACGUUGCUCUGCGGCUUGCUGGAGGUUCAACAACCUCACUCCUCCUACUAACGGUGUAUCUCCCGAAGAGCGCGCUCGCCUGUUCCUCGAAAUUCUGCAGCCUCGUGAUCCCGUUCGAGUUUCUCCCACAGAAGCUUCCCCAGUCACCAAUGUUGGCCGUGUAGGCAGGCAUGUUGCUGUUGAGACACCCUUCAUUUGCGAUUACGGGUACAACAUCACUAUUGGCCACCACGUUGUCAUUGGACGCAACUGCACGAUCAAUGAUGUAUGCGAGGUCAAGAUUGGUGACAACUGUGUUAUUGGACCAAAUGUCAGCAUUUUCACGGCAGGGCUCCCCAUUGACCCCAAGAAACGCCAGGGCGGUCAAGGACCUCAGAUGGGCAAACCUAUCACCAUCGAACAGGACUGCUGGAUUGGCGGAGGUGCCAUUAUUCUUCCAGGGAGGACCAUCGGCAAGGGCAGUACUGUUGGUGCCGGAUCAAUUGUCACCAAGGAUGUUCCUCCUUUCACCAUUGUAGCUGGAAACCCUGCGAGGGUCCUACGUGGCAUCGCUUCUUAA